UAUUAAAAAUUUCGCACGUGUUUUAAAUAUGCAUCUACAUUUUGCCUAACAGCGUUUGGAUCACAUACUGCUGUGUGCUGAUCUCAGUACACUGGCGUAUGUUUACUAAACCAGGCCCUUUCCGGAAAUGACGCAGUGUUGUUAUUAUUCCAGGAAAAGUACAGGGGAAACCACUGAACUGCGUCAACAAUUGUGCUUAUGAUACAUCUGGAUUUUAGCCGCUGGUUAACAUGACAUCCAGGCACUGCUGAAAAAUUGAUGGAUUUGUACCUGGACAGAACCUCAUUGAGCAGAAACAUGGACACGUCAAACUUUGCACAUGUCAUCUUCCAGAAUGUGGGGAAGAGUUACCUUCCUCAUGCUGCACUGGAGUGUCACUAUACCCUGACAAAGUUCAUCAAACCACAUCCAAAGGACUGGGUUGGCAUAUUUAAGGUUGGUUGGAGCACAGCAAGAGACUAUUACACAUUCCUGUGGUCACCUCUCCCGGAAAACUACGUGGAAGGCACCGCGGCCAACAGAACGGUGGUGUUUCAGGGGUACUACGUUCCCAACGACGACGGCGAGUUCUACCAGUUUUGUUAUGUGACCCACAAAGGGGAGAUCCGAGGGGCUAGCACACCUUUCCAGUUCCGUGCCAACAGCCCCUCUGAGGAUGAGCUGCUCACUGUUGAGGAUGAAUGCAACUCUGACAUCCUUGUAGUCACCACCAAGGCUGGUUUCCUUGAGCAGAAGGUGGAAGAAGCUCAAAAAGAGAAGGAUGAACUCCUCAGAAACAUGGCCCUCCUGCAGCAGGAGAAGGAACAGCUGGAAGCGGAGAAGGAGAGCCUGCAGAAGGGCUGUGAGCGAGAGAAGGAGAUCUGUGCUCAGCUGAAACGAGAGAACCAAGAGGUGCAGCAUGCAUCCCAGGCUGUGCAGGAGGAGAAGGAGGAUGUCAAGAGGAAACUGGAGGAGGCCACAGCCAGGAUAGUACAGCUGGAGGAGGAUCUGAUUGGAGUCACACAGAAAGGCCUUCAAAAGGAAACGGAGUUGGAUAGUCUUAAAGACAGAGUAAAGAAACUCAUGUUGGAGAAGGACGCUCUCGACUCUCACCUCAAGAAUGAGAAAGAUGAGAAGGAGCUUUACAAGAUUCACCUGAAGAACCGAGAGCUGGAGAACACGAAGCUGAGUGCCGAGCUGCAGAUGUUGAAAUCUGUGGAUGUUAACAAGGAAAACACCAUUGCACAGUUUAAAGAGGAGGUGGGCCGCCUGCAGACGUGCCUCACAGAGAAGGAGAAACAGCACCGAGAGAUCCUGUCCAAAGUUUCCCCUCUGGGAGACAUGAAGGUCCUGAAGGAGCAGCUACGGCAAAAGGAAGAGCAGCUCCAGGCCAACCAGCAGCAGUCCGCUCUGCUGGCUGCUGAGCUGAGGGAUGCCUCCAGUACACGAGACCGCACCAUGUCUGAGCUGUACCACAUGAAACUGGAGGCGGAUGCCCUCCGUAAGGCCAAAGAGGAAGCUCAGGCCCAGUGUGUCCGCCUGGAGGUCCUGGUGGAGCAGAUGGAGGAUGAAGCCAAGACAGAAGCAGCCAAAGUGGAGGAAGAAACCGCCACAGACCCGGCUGUUGUAGCAGAGCUGCAGAGAGAGGUGGAGGACCUAAAGCUGCGGCUGCACAUGGCUGCAGAACACUACAAGGAAAAAUACAAGGAAUGCCAGCGACUGCAAAAGCAAGUGGUCAGACUUUCUGAACAGCAAGGGGACCUGAAGAGAAGUGCAGCACCAGUGACCACGGCAGUGCCAGCAUCAGGAAGUCCAGACACAUCCGUGCCAGGCAGUCCAGGUUCGGCUGAUCCCAUGUUGGAAGCUAUCAUCCAGGAGAAGCUAAAGGGGAUCAGCAGAGAGGCUUCUGACAGGAAUGACAAGUACAGAAAGUGCAAGCAGAUGCUGUUUGAGGAAAAGGAGCGUAGUGGCAUGUUUGCUGAUGAAUUGGCCAAGUUGGAGCUGAAGUUCAAGGAGCAGCUGAAGACUAAUGAGAAUCUGAAGCUGCAGCUGGCAGAAGCAGAAGAUCGUUACAAGAGCCAGGUAGCUGAGAAAGGACGGGAGCUGAAGGAGCUGAAGGACACUCUUGCCCUUGUUGUGAAGGAGAAAGAAAAACUGGAGGGGGAGCUCCAGAGGAGCAGCGGGAAGGGUGAUCAGGGGGCCAGUGAGAGAACCAGUUUGGAGGAUCUGCAGCCCGUUGUGCCUUUAGUCCUUCAGUAUCCUGUCCCUUACACCCAGGACACCCCCACCCCUCUGCUGGUUUCUCAGAGCCCCAGUAAGCUGCACUUUGGAAACCCUUACUCCAUCUCAGACUCCAAAGUAGAUGAGACAGAGGAGGAGUUCCCAGACAAUCAGUCGCUCAAGCUGCCCCCCGUGGGCCCGCCCUCCUGGGACAGCAACGUGGUCUGUAUCCAACCCACACGCAACCACAGCCGGCCAGAAGGCCACGAUGAGCCAGAGGAAAACAACAACGUCAACACCACUGAGCAGCCCACAGUGUCACAAACCCGUAGCUCAUUUGUCAAUGAUGGACAGAACGCUUUUUGCUUUGAUCCCAGCAUGGACAUGAAGCGAUGUCCUCUCUGUGAGGUCAUCUUCCCGCCCAACUAUGACCAGAGCAAGUUCGAGGAGCACGUGGAGAGUCACUGGAAAAUCUGCCCCAUGUGCAGCGAGCAGUUCCCGCUGGACUGCGACCAGAAGGUCUUCGAGAACCACGUUCUCACUCACUUUGACGGCCACCUGCUCAACUUUGACUAACAGAAAGAAAAGUCAGCACAUCGGCUCUGCCAUCUUUCUGUUAGCCACUGGAAUAAUUCACCUUAAAUCCUCUUCUGCAUGUAAUGGUGUGAAGAUCCUCUUUUAAGGACAAUUCUGACUUUAUGCUCUCUUACUUUACUUGGAGAUCCACGUCGAGAUGACGUUUAUAAAUCAGUGUGUAUUGCAGGGCUUGGGUAUCAGUUAACAAAACAUUUUUGUUCAGAGAUUUCUCUUUAUUUAUAUUUGGAAGGUCAAGACUUGUUCAUGCAGAAAUAUAUUUUAAUGAUUUAAAACUGACUUGGUUCUCACAGAUCUGUUAGACUACAGGAUGAAACUAAUCAGGGAAAAAGAUGAGUGUUUACCAAACGUACGUCUAAAACAUACAGAUGCUUCCCUCUUUGCUUUGCUGUACCAGUCAGUAGAAAGCAGCCGCGGUGGGAGGAACCCUCAGCGACUAUAUCUACACCAUCAUACAGAAGAACUUCAUCUAUUUUAGAAGAUUUAAAGACGGACUCGAUGUGUCUGUCCUGUGGGUAACUUUUGGUUCGGUUUCCUUUAGGUUUUUGUUUUGAUCGUCUCUUAAGUUUCUUCAUUUCAUCAGCUAAGCAGUGCAUGCUGAGCUUCUUUCAGAUCUCCUUUUUGUUUUCUUUUACCGUCAUAAAUGAUUUCAUUCAAAUAGCUUCAUUAAUUUAGUGGGUUUCGUGUCUCUAAAUGAACUAAUAAAGUCUCUGACAUUGA